AAGCAGGAUUCCCAGAAGGAGUUGUUAAUGUUUUGAACGGCUAUGGUUCUACAACUGGUGCAGCAAUCGCUAAACAUAUGAAAAUUGAUAAACUCUCUUUUACUGGAUCAAAUGCAACAGGAAGAUUUCUAUUAAAAGCAGCCAGUGAAAGUAACUUGAAAAAUGUAACGCUCGAAUUAGGUGGAAAAUCACCAAACAUAAUUUUCGCAGAUGCAGACCUUGAUGAAGCUGUUAAAUGGGCUCAUAUGGGAAUAUUUUUAUCACGGACAAUGUUGUAG